UCUGCACUUGGGAAAGUCUAUUGGAGGUAGGGGUCGCGGUUGAGCGAUUGAGGGACACUUUUCUUCCUCCUUGCACUGCUGGCCAAUCCUCCCAUCUGCCCUCGAUUUCUUCCAGCACCAUUUGACGCGGAUGAACAAGUCAUGAACUAGGCGAGAUCUAAUUUCAUGACCCAUUCUGCACAGCAGAGACCUUCUGUCUGGUCCUACCUUAGUUUCUCAGGUACCCGUCGUCGGUCCUCAUCGCUCGUUCUGCCAAAGCGCGAGAGCGAUAAGCAUACCUCCGAUCCUUUCGAGAAACCCGACCGGCACGCCCCACACAGACAACCUAAGUCACCUUCCAUGCAGGAGAAAGUGCAAGCCGCCUGGAUGAAUCAAGGCACGCGAGCGCGAUAUAUCAAAGCGUCCAUCCUUGGAUUCUUCGUCCUCGCUGUCAUCUACUAUGUGAGCAGUCCAGGCUCAGCAGCCACGAGCGCUAUCGGACUGGGCAAGUUCCCAGGCGGAGAUGUCGCAUCUGACCCCAGCGUCGCCACGACCAAAUGCACGAGGAGCUACUCGAAAGACAAGCCACUCAUACAAUAUGCGCUAAUGGUCGAUGCCGGCAGCACGGGAAGCAGAAUCCAUGUAUACAGAUUCAACAACUGCGGGCCAACGCCUGAAUUGGAGAAUGAGGUGUUCAAGAUGACGGAAAAGAAGAAGGGCGGCAGUGGCUUGUCAAGUUAUGGUGCCGACGCCGAAGGCGCAGCAAAGAGUCUGGACGUGUUACUGGACGUUGCCGUGGAGAGCGUGCCGGACAAACUCAAAUCGUGCACUCCGAUCGCAGUCAAGGCGACAGCAGGCUUGAGGAAGCUGGGACCAGAGAUGAGCGAUGCGAUACUGAAGGCCGUCCGAACGCGACUGGAAACCGUGUAUCCUUUCCCGGUCGUCAGCGAAGAAAAGGGUGGCGUGGAAGUCAUGGACGGAAAAGAUGAAGGUGUUUAUGCCUGGAUCACAACCAACUAUCUGCUCGGGAAAAUUGGAGGACCUGAUAAGACACCCACCGCCGCAGUCUUCGACCUCGGAGGAGGCUCCACGCAGAUCGUUUUCCAGCCGACGUUCAAGCAAGCUGCCGAUGGUGGUAUGCCCGAAGUCUUGAAAGAGGGAGACCACAAAUAUGACCUGAAGUUUGGUGGUCGCGACUUCACACUAUACCAACAUUCGUAUCUUGGAUACGGCCUGAUGGAGGCCCGCAAUAAUUUGCAUCGCCUUUUUGUCGAGGGCUGGUACGAGAACAACAAGGAUGCAGGACCGGGAGCAGCGAAAGAGCAGCUAAUGCUGAAGCCCAUCGCUAACCCAUGCAUGAACGUGGGCAUGUCCAAAGAGGUCGAAGUUCCACUGGGCGAAGAUCAUCCUCUUGGUUCUUCCAUCACCGUCAACAUGACGGGGCCUCGAGUAGGCAGUCCUGCACAGUGUCGGGCGCUCGCCGAGAAGACACUCAAGAAGGAUGCAGAAUGCAAGCUCGCGCCAUGCGCCUUCGAUGGAGUCCACCAGCCGUCACUGGAAAAGACAUUCGCCCGCGAAGACGUCUAUCUGUUCUCAUACUUCUACGAUCGAACGGAACCACUUGGCAUGCCGGAGUCAUUCACGUUGCGCGAGCUUAAGGAGCUCACCGCUCGCGUCUGUCAAGGUGGCGAUGCGUGGAAGGUGUUCGACGCCAUUCCAGGGGCACUUGAAGAGCUGGCAGAUAAGCCCGACAUGUGCUUGGACCUGAAUUUCAUGCUUGCGCUGCUACACACUGGAUACGAGAUGCCAAUCGACAGGGAGGUCAAGAUCGCAAAGAAGAUCAAGGGUAAUGAGUUGGGUUGGUGUUUGGGCGCUUCUUUGCCGCUGCUGAAUCAGGAGAGCGGAUGGCAAUGUAAGAUCAAGAAGGUACAGUAGAUGCUAUGAAAGAACAGCUUUAAAGUGGAAAGGCAUUGGCAGGCGUUUGAACUGUAGAUACAGAUAUUGGCAUGAGCAGAGCAGGAUCCUGCGACACUUCAAUGUUGGCCUACCUCCAUGCAUGCCGCUGUUCGUGUUCGGUUGCUAUUGCCAAGCUCCACAUGUGCCUGCAUUAGUGAGUCCGUGCCCGCCCCACUAUAUAAGGUACCUCCAGCAGCGGUUGCAGCGCGCUCUCCCCAAGAUACAACUGUUGUUCAUAU